AGGAGGAUAGACAAGAAUUUCAUAAAAUAAUAGCAAAUCAGAAGAAAAUGACAGAUAUUAUAAUGGAUGAGUAUCGAUUUUUGCUAUGCCGUGGGCAUAAUAGUAAGGAAGCUUGUACGGUGGCUGACGCUAGAAAGGUCUUAAUAAAUCCACCUAAAGAUUUAUCAGAAAAGGUGUUAGCUCAUAUUGAAAAAAGAUUCGAAGAAGUUCCACUAGCGCCAUUGUACUCAUAUG